AAGGGUUUCCCACUCUGCCACUGUCAAUAGCAUCCCAUGUUUUCAUUAAGGUGGAGAUUAACCUAUGUCCAUAACCCUUUGCAGCCUCUUCCUGCUGUGUGUUUACUCCUGUGAUGGCUGUGCUGAGGUGGGAGGAUGUCCCACCACAGAUCUGGCGUACAGUGCGGGAGGGAUUUAUACAGCUCCUUGUGCGUGUUACCUCCUUGUCUCAGUGUUAAUCUCCUUUACUUGGCUGGCCCCAAGUUGAAAGGAGUGUGUGUGGAGGCAGCUAGGAAUGUAGGGGAGAUAAAACCUUCACCUUUUUUAGCUUACUUGUGAGAGGAAAUGAUGGAACCUGCCUCCUCUCUUCCCCUUGAUAAGAACAAGGCUUUUACUCCUCAGCUGGGACCAGGCAUUGGGUUGCACUUGCUCUUCAGCAGUUGUUCUUUUUGUCUUACCACUCUUCUGGCCUUCCUAUUUUCAGUUGAAAGGGGUACUAAACCUCUCUGACUGCCCAAGUCCUGCACUGUGCUUAAAGCUCUUCACUUCCUCACACGUCUGGUCUGUGACUCUAGCCUUGCAUUGUCUACAUCCAGUAACUUGUCACAUUGAGUGCACUGCCUUCUGCACUGGGGCUUGCCAAAAGCCUCGCAGCAUGGCAGCCGCACUGAAGCAGCUGGAUAGUUGUGCCUGUUGCUUCAGCUGCUCCGCUCUGCCAUUUGGAGACUGGUCUGAGCCCAGUGACCCAGAGGUCAUGCUCUUAGCUGACAGAUCUGUUCAUUUAUUCACAGUUUAGGCCACACAUGAUGAGCCACACCUCCCACAUGCUGUACCUGUAGACUUCUCAAAGUCUUUGGCUCAGAAUCCUACCAAAUUCCUCUUUGAAUGAUGUUUCCCAGGUCCCUGGUGACAGGCCCGACAGCUGGUGGUGCACCCGCCCAGCAUAACUUGCAGUAUGUCCUUCCUGCAAAGCUUCUGGUCUGCUUUAAAAAUGUCUUAUGAAGUGCAAGUCAGAUCCUACAAUCAUUUCUGGAGAGCUUUGCUGCAAUUAGGGAGUAGCAAAACCACAGUGCAGUAGGAUGAGGAUGUGAAGGUAUGGCUUCAGAUAGACUAGGGUGUGCCAGCACACUGCUGCAGUAUGCACAUGUACUGAGACCUUACUUGUACUUCUGGAAAGAAUUCAUUGCUUUGGAUCUCCAAACAGCGCUGUGCACUACGGUAUGAACGUGCUCUCGAGCUCUCCAGUGAUCAGGCACAUGGGGCAGGUGUAAGCCUCUAGAGGAGCCGGGAGGAGGUUGAAGUUAGAUUCACCUUCCAGACUUCUGAAGGCAUAAUUCUUUGAGCUGUACCAUUGCAGAGCUUCUGGAAAGCUUUCAGUGAGAGCUGAGUGGAACUCAUCGGUAACUCAGGAUCUGCACUGCAGGAGAGUACAACAGGAAUCCAGAUAAAUUGUUAAGCUUUGGUUUCCAAGCUCAGGUAAUGGAGAGUUACUGACUUGGUCACUUUGGAAUUUAUUAUUGGUGUUGUCGGGCAAAAAGUCCAUUUCUGGUAAAAAGAAAACUUUGUGUGGAGGUAGUACUGUGCUACUCUGCAUGUGUUUGACGAGUAGGUCUGGGAUUUCUGUUGGUACUCAUCAGGAAAAUUCAGAAGUGGGAAAUGCAUUAAGGAGGUCAGCUGAUAGUGUGCAGAUAGAGCUUAGGCUAUGGAAGACUUGGAUAGGUACUGAGUUACAGUGGAUUUCCUAAGAGUAUGGAACAAACCUCUGAAUAAUUAAAAGGACUGAUUAGCUGACUUGCUGGAUGUGCAGUUUGGAAUGGAAAAUUUUCCUCCUGCAAGCUACUUGCGCGCUCUCUGACAAAAAUGCUUUUUCUCAACUAUUCUCCAUGACUGAAAUCUCAGCAGUGGUGCCUGUGCACUCCUUGCUUUUUCUUCAUCUGCUCUGAUAUUUCAUUGACUUUGACUGCAGACACGGAACUUACUUUCCCAAUAUGUCUAUCUUGACCUUUCUGGCUAGUUUUCCUUCUACACGGGGCCAUAUGUUAGUUAUGUUUUAAUUGUCCUUGUAUACUUAUUUUUACUAUUUUCUGUUUAAGUUGCUGUCUUUGUUAUUUUAUUUUUAUAUUCAGUUGCACGUUUAUUUUACGUAAUAAUUUGGAGAUGAAAGUCCUUAACGUUUUUGUUUUUAUGUACUAUGCUUUCAGUGUUAUAACCAUACAAUUGUGACUACUCAUGGUGACAUAUGACUGCUAUGAAUAUUGAGCCUUUGCAGUGCAUUUUGGAGGUCACUACUACACAUUUGAUGUUUAGGAGGUUGACAGGUAUGGCUGUAGUGUCCCCAAGAUGAAAUGUCUGAAUCUGGGCAGUCCUCAGCAGCUGCCACACCGAGCACCACCGGAACCAAGUCCAACACUCCCACGUCAUCCGUGCCCUCUGCUGCUGUCACACCCCUGAAUGAGAGCAUCCAGCCCAUCAGUGAGUACAAUGGCACGACCAAGAGCAACAAGAGGACACGAGAAAAGCGGAACAGCCGGAACAUGGAAGUCCAGGUCACACAGGAGAUGAGGAAUGUCAGCAUAGGUAUGGGAAGCAGUGACGAGUGGUCCGAUGUUCAGGACAUCAUAGACUCUACUCCUGAGCUGGAUAUGUGUCAAGAUCCCCGCCUGGAACGCCCUGGUAACAGCCCAACCCAGGGGAUCGUGAACAAAGCGUUCGGCAUCAACACAGAUUCUCUCUAUCAUGAACUUUCCACGGCAGGAUCCGAGGUGAUUGGGGACGUUGAUGAAGGAGCUGAUCUGCUAGGGGAGUUCUCAGGAAUGGGCAAAGAAGUAGGCAAUCUGCUGUUGGAGAACUCACAGCUACUGGAGACCAAAAAUGCGUUGAACGUUGUGAAGAAUGAUUUGAUUGCCAAGGUGGACCAGUUGUCUGGAGAGCAAGAAGUGCUGAAGGGGGAGCUUGAGGCAACGAAGCAAGCCAAAGCCAAAAUGGAAACCAGAGUCAAGGAGCUGGAGGAAGAGCUGAAAAGAGUGAAAUCUGAAGCGAUUGUUGCCCGACGAGAACCUAAAGAAGAGGUGGAGGAUGUAAGCAGCUAUCUCUGUACAGAAUUGCAGUGCUCCUCCCCUCUGCAGGACAACAUUCCCAUAGCUCAGCGCCGACGCUUCACCCGCGUGGAAAUGGCCCGGGUUCUGAUGGAGCGCAAUCAAUACAAAGAGAGGUUGAUGGAGCUCCAGGAGGCUGUCAGGUGGACUGAGAUGAUCAGAGCUUCCCGUGAGCACCCAUCCGUCCAGGAGAAGAAGAAGUCCACCAUCUGGCAGUUCUUCAGCCGACUGUUCAGUUCCUCCUCAAGUCCCCCACCAGCAAAGAGGACCUACCCAUCCGUGAACAUCCACUACAAGUCUCCAACCACAGCAGGGUUCAGCCAGCGACGCAGUCACACCAUGUGCCAGAUCUCCUCAGGCAGCCGCACCCUGGAGUUCUUCCCUGAAGAUGACUGCACGUCCUCAGCACGCCGUGAGCAGAAGCGGGAGCAGUACCGCCAGGUCCGGGAGCACGUGCGGAACGAUGACGGGCGGCUGCAGGCCUGCGGCUGGAGUCUCCCUGCCAAGUACAAGCAGCUGAGCCCCAAUGGUGGUCAGGAAGAUACUCGCAUGAAAAAUGUCCCUGUGCCUGUGUAUUGUCGCCCACUUGUAGAGAAGGACCCAACCAUGAAGCUGUGGUGUGCAGCUGGAGUCAAUCUCAUGGGAUGGAGACCUUUGGAGCAGGAGUCUGGGAAUGGGCAGAAACUGGAUCCUGGACGGGAUCCUCUCACCUGUGAUCGGGAAGUGGAGGGUGAGAACAACAAAAGUAACCACACAUCUCCUGAAAAGAAAAAGGCAAAGGAGUUCCAUGAAAUGGAUGCCACAUCUAGUCGUGUCUGGAUCCUCACCAGCACGCUGUCAACAAGUAAAGUUGUAAUCAUCGAUGCCAAUCAGCCUGGCACAGUGGUGGACCAGUUCACUGUCUGCAAUGCUCAUGUGCUCUGCAUCUCUAGCAUCCCUGCGGCCAGUGAGAGUGAUUAUCCUCCAGGAGAGAUCUUUCUGGAGGGAGAUGUAAAUCCUGAAGAGUCGUCUGGAACAGAUGGUGUCUUGGCAGGAAUCACUCUGGUGGGCUGUGCAACCCGCUGCAAUGUGCCGCGAAGUAACUGCUCCUCGCGUGGUGACACACCUGUGCUGGACAAGGGACAGAGUGAAGUGGCCACUGUCUGCAAUGGGAAGAUCAACCAAUCUCAAUCUACAGAGGAGGCAACAGAAGCUACAGAGGUGCCAGAGAAUGGUACAAGUGAGACAGAGCCUGUUCAAGCCCGGCCUGGACCCCUCACAGAGCACGUGUUUACAGACCCAGUCCCUGUACAGGCAGCUCUUCGGCAGAACGGGGAGAAUGGGCAGCUGAAGACAGAGUCAAGCACAGCACUGCCAGAUCAGGAGCUGAAUGGGGAUGCUGCUGGAACAUGCACCAGUGCUGCCCCCACCAUGUGGCUGGGAGCGCAGAAUGGCUGGCUUUACGUGCACUCCGCUGUAUCUAACUGGAAGAAGUGUCUGCACUCAAUAAAGCUAAAGGACUCUGUGCUGAGUCUAGUGCAUGUGAAAGGAAGGGUCCUCGUUGCUCUGGCAGAUGGAACACUGGCCAUAUUCCACCGAGGAGAAGAUCGUCAGUGGGAUCUCAGUAAUUACCACCUGAUGGACCUUGGUCAUACUCACCAUUCUAUCCGCUGCAUGGCUGUUGUGUAUGACAGAGUCUGGUGUGGCUACAAGAACAAAAUCCAUGUUAUUCAACCUAAGACAAUGCAGAUUGAGAAAUCCUUUGAUGCCCACCCUCGGCGCGAGAGCCAGGUGCGGCAGCUGGCGUGGAUUGGAGAUGGAGUGUGGGUUUCCAUCCGCCUGGAUUCCACCCUGAGGCUUUACCAUGCCCACAGCCAUCAGCAUCUGCAGGACGUUGACAUCGAACCUUAUGUCAGCAAGAUGCUAGGUACUGGAAAACUGGGCUUCUCGUUUGUACGGAUUACAGCCCUGCUCAUCGCUGGCAAUCGUCUCUGGGUGGGAACAGGGAAUGGUGUUGUCAUCUCCAUUCCACUGACUGAGACUGUAGUCCUCCACCGAGGCCAACUCCUUGGGCUCCGGGCCAACAAGACCUCACCCACCUCUGGAGAGGGCAGCCGCUCUGGUGGGGUCAUCCAUGUGUACGGUGAUGACAACAGCGACAAAUCUGCCAGCAGUUUUAUUCCCUACUGCUCCAUGGCUCAAGCACAGCUCUGCUUCCAUGGUCACCGCGAUGCUGUCAAGUUCUUUGUCUCUGUGCCUGGCAAUGUCCUAGCAACCUUGAAUGGGAGCGUGUUGGACAGCCCCUCAGAGAACCCCAGCACAGCAGCCACAGAGACUGAGGGGCAGAAGCUGAAGAAUGUCCUGGUGCUGAGUGGAGGAGAAGGGUACAUUGAUUUCCGGAUCGGGGAUGGAGAAGAUGAUGAGACAGAAGAGAAUGCAGGAGAUGCCACCCAGGUGAAGCCAGUACUUUCUAAGGCAGAAAGGAGCCACAUUAUCGUGUGGCAGGUAUCCUAUAUCCCAGAGUGAGAAUUUCUCCGUUCCUACCAAUGUAAUUGUCCCUGUUCCCACCUGAAUGCCACGAUGUACAUACAGAACACCUGCAUUAUACCUACUGCUGGAAACCGACCCCAGACAACUGCAGCGGCUCCUGCCUCGGACUGUGACCCCCUUGUAACCUCUGAACUUGCAGCUUUCAUCUUGGGCCCAUGAGCUUUCAGCGUGGUUGGAUUAUUGUUCUGCUCUGGAGCUGGUGUCUACAAGGAGAGAAAUGGCAGCGCAUGGAUAAAGUGAAGCUUGGAGCCAGAGCUGUGCUAAAGCUUUGCCUGGGGCCGGGGAGCUGGGCGGGUGGUGGGUCUGGUUCUCCAGCAGGUUGCCUUGCUCCCACCUGCAUGAGAAGUAGUACGGCACCCCGGCGUUCCCCGCCAAAGCAGUGAUGGAGAAUCACAACUCCUAUGGCACCCCAGAAGAAAUCCUUCGUAAUUCCACAGUGGACUUUCCACCUUAUCCACUAUGCACAGAGUACACCUGAGCACAGAAUAGUAUCCCACAGACUGACAGCAGCCAGGUCCAAGGAGCCUUCAAUAGAAAGGAGUGUCGAGGUUUGGGAAGCACUUCUGCUGUUUGGCUGGAGAAGGUGGCAGGGCCAUUAGUGCGGGGAACACAUCCUCCAGGCUUGCAGAUGGAAAGUCUCCCUCCUUUUCUGCUGCUGUUACCGUAGCAGUGGUGUGCUGGGCGACUGCAUGUGUCCAGAGAGGAUUGUUUGGUAGCCUCAGGUGGGCGACUGGUGUUUGACUGGGGAGGCCAUGGGGACUUUGGAAACUACGGUAACAAAGAGGUACUGGAACCUUGUUAUUUAAAAGGGGGAAAAGGAAGCAAUAUUUUAACUCCCUCUUCCAAAAAACGCCAAGCAGAAAAGAAUUCUGAAGUUCAUUCUUUUUGUGAGCCUGAAAGCUUUAGGAGAAAGCUAUCUCUGCAUAGCAAUUGUUGGCUUUUAAAAUACAGGCGACGGCAGAUAACGUUGGUGUGCUGUGGAUUCUGCAUUAACACGCUGAGAGUUGGUCCCAACCUGGGAAGGGCUGGCAUCCUGCUGGAAGGAGGUGGCUGUUUUCCUUCAUACAGUGGCUGUCAGCUUAGGAAAGUCUGUGUAGGUGCAGUCAAGGUGUACAGGCUGUCUCUUGCCUGAGGUCACACAGAUAAGGGAACUGAGGCCAGAUCUCCCAGCUCCUUUUACCUAAUGUCACAAGCAGUGGCUGACUUGAUUAGUAAGUAGUUUGAAAAGCUGGACCUUUGUGACUCCUGAAAAGAGUGACAGCCUCUCAGAGAAAUUCUGACUGCGCUCCUUGUGCAAGCUGUGUGUCCUGCUUAUAGGAGAAGCAGCACAAAGUGCAGCCAGGGAGAGCAGUUUUAAGCUCCGUAUUCAAAGCAUGGCAGCUCUAGAUGUAGAGGCAGUGGUUUGUGUUUCCUUUCUGACAGUCGCAACAGUCCUUCCUCUACAAAGGCAAGUUGUUAGCAAUGAAUUUAGAAGAUCCUGGUGGCUGUCUCGUUGGUUUCCUGAGCUGUGCAGCACUCCAGGUCUCCCAGGGAUGUCCACCUCCAUCUCUGGGGAAUGUGACCUCUGCUUGUUGGUGUGGUCUGCAGCUGUUCGUGUGCUGCAGGCACACAGCGUUCCCUGGGGAAGCUUUAACAUCUGUCCUCGUUCAGCAGCACUGAAAUGCUUUUUGGAUCCACAGCUCAGAAAAGGCUGGGGCACACGGUUCCCAUCCAGGGAGGCAGGAGGAUGCACCCAGAGAGCAGAGGCCUCAGCCACCAGAGUACGGGGCCACAGCGCUGCCUGCACGGCCUGUGAGCAGCUGGUGACGUGCAGGCCCACACCGCUCCAUGCAGAGGUAGGGAACACCCAGACUGUAUCCUUAAGCCAGCAGCGUGCCAGGAGCUGUGGUUUGCAGAAUCAGCCAAAUGCAAAGAGCCACUCAACAUAGAGGGGAACAUUUGAGAGGAAACCUCUCCCUGGGGCAGUGCUGACCGUGCCGCACUGCUGGUUCACUUGCCCAGAAAGCUUUCUGCUAGAACAAGCUCUUUGGGUCACAGCACAGGGUGCAAUAAUACAUAUUUAGACAGCAGAUUCCACAGACAUCUAACAGUUACGUAGAGCCAGGAAAAUGUCAUCAUUUGGUCUCAUUUAAUGGCAAAUCCAAUUCUUUAGGUCUGUCGAGCCUUCAGCAUAAAAAUACAGAAUUGCAACGUUCUUACCUCUUACAGUUUGUUCUCGAUCUGGUUUUAGCAGCAAAAGUGACAAUAUUCAGUCUUCUGUCACCCCCUGGUCCACGGCAACAUAAGGAAACCAUUCUCGGGCCUCUGCCAACAGGUUCCUUCCCAGUUUGGUGCCUGGUUUCCUCCAAGAGAAGCACACGUGUCAGAGGGGUGGCUCCAGCUAAGCAGAGCCUGCCCCUGCUGUCAGCUCCUGUCGGGAUGUGGUGGCUGCUGGGCAGCAAGGUGAGAACUGACUGGCUUCAACACACUUCCCUGUCAUAUCUCCACUGUGAUGUAUGUAAAGUAUCUUGUAUGUUACAAAAGGAUUUUAAAAAGUGUCUUAAGGCCUGUAAACUCCGCUGUUUGGUCUGAAGAUGGCAUUCUGUAAAGAGACCGCUGUAUGAAUACGUUCCCAUGCUUUUUUCCCUAUGCUAUCAAACAACAAACCAUAUCUGUUCUGUAUGUAAUAAAUGUGUUAACAUCAGCAA